AUGGUCAAAAGAGUUCUGGUUACCUAUGGUGUCGAUGUCGAUGCUGUCAGUGGGUGGAUCAAUACUUGUUCAGGAGAGCCUGCUGGUCCUACCGAUGUCUCUCGUGGUGUUUUCGGAGCCACCGUUGGGAUCGAUCGUAUCCUGAAGCUGUUCAAUAAGUACGGAAUUAAAGGAACAUGGUUCGUUCCGGGCCACUCUGUGGAAUCCUUCACGAGUCAGCUGAAAAAGGUCCGCGAUACUGGACAUGAGAUUGGUCUUCAUGGCUAUUCCCAUGAAUUCGUUGCCACUAUGAAUGAGCAGCAGCAACGUGAUAUCAUGACGAAGUCCAUCGAUGUACUCACAAAUUUCCUUGGAAAAGGGCCGCGUGGAUGGACCGCUCCCGCAUGGAACACAUCUAAACAAUCAAUCCGAGUACUGGAGGAAUUCGGUAUUGAGUACGACCAUUCUUUCAUGCAUCAUGAUUGCCAGCCAUACUAUGUCCCUAAUGGCGAAGAAGAAUGGCAAGAAACCGACUCCAAGAAGGAAGCGUCAACCUGGAUGCAGCCCAUGACUAAGAUCACGCCGAGCAAAGUGGUCGAGAUUCCAGCUAAUUGGCACCUUGACGACUGGCCUCCCUUCGUUGUCAGCAAAGCAGCUAACUCUCACGGCUAUGUUGAUCCAGAUGUCAUUGAGAAGCUGUGGAAGAAACAGUUUGACUAUUUCUACCGGGAAUAUGACACUUUCAUUUUUCCGAUGACCAUCCAUCCCCAAGUGAGCGGGAAGCCACAGGUGAUUCUCAUGCAUGAGAAUAUUAUUGACCAUAUCAAUUCGCAUGAGGGCGUGGAAUGGGUUACUAUGGAACAAAUUGUGGACGAAUUCAAAGCGGGCAAGAUCCCAGGGGCAACUGUUGAAGGGGGUGCAUAG